UGGAGUAUUAAACGCUCUAGUACAGUACUGAACCCCUUAACAGUGAAAAUAUUUAAGGCUGUAAGAGAUCUUUUGAGCUCUACAGGGAGUUGAACCUCCAAGCAAUGUUGAUUUAAGCUCCUGGAAGCUGUGUGUUCAUGGAGGCCAGGCAGUGACCAGAGACCCAGAAUGGUGGUUAGUAUUGUGGCUGCAGCCAUGUUGGCCCUUUUGGGGCUUACAUAUGCCUAUCCUGACAGCGAUGCCCUGGAUACUGUAGAGGUAGGCCUAAGCAAACGGGACCUGGAGUUUAAUCAGUACGUUCCAGGGUAUAGGCUGAGAGGUGAGCCUAGCUGUGAGGCGCUCCGCGCGAUGUGGAGACAGAGCAAAAGAGAGGCGCGCAGAGCGACUUCGACUAACCAGUUACCCAGAACGAGGUCCUACAACUACGGAAGGCUUAGCGCCUUUGCCCCUGAUCCAAAGGCUCGGCCGAACAAGCACGCCUAUGGGCAUGUUCUUAAUUACCCAGUGCCACAGCGAGCAAGUCCCUUCGACACCCUGAGGGCCAUUCUAGGCCCCGGAGACCGCAGGGGUAUGUACGAGAAAGUGCACAGGAAGUUAGCUGCAGUUCGGGGCCCUGGACGUUCAUCCAAAGGCCGAUACGACGAACUACGGAGAAUCAUGACUGUGGAACAACAGGAACCACGUCCGCUAGCGCUGUCGCUUCGCGCGGCGCAGGAAACACAACCCAGCGCCAAGUCGCGACGGGACCCUGCGGGUUUGUACCCUAGAGCCCUGGGUGGGUCCACCCAAUUUAGUCAGCAGGGCUUUAUGGGACCCCUAUUACCAGCUGACUCAAGACAGCCUACCUUCGUACAGUGGCAGCCGUCUAUAUCACAUCCUGAUACGCGAGAAUGUGCUGAGCUGAGAGGAAAGAUGUGUAGAAGUGACUCUGACUGCAGGUGUUCAGGACUGUACCGCUGUAGUAAGGCCAGAUGUAAAGUCUCCAGUAAACUGCCAGUGGUGGAAGACAGCCCCGGGAGCCUGGUUUAGUGGACCAGUGGGAAAAACC